AUGAAUAUUUCGUCAGUAUUUACAUUGGAAAAAGACAAUGUUAUCGUGGCGAAUACUAAGGCUACGAGACAUAUUGGGAUUGAGGUUCACAAAAAGGAGGUGUUUGUAAUUCUGGAAAGUUUGCAAAUUGAUAAGUCCCCUGGGCCAGUUGGGAUUCAAUGUAGACUUGUCGACACUCAGGCCGAUUUGAGAGAGGCAUUUCGUCUGAGACUUGAGAAUGGGGGCGGUCGUUGUGCUGGUCGAUUAGAGAUUGAAUUCAAUGGACAGCGGUUUACUGUCAAUCAUAAUGAAUGGGACCUUCCGGAUGCUACUGUUGUGUGUCGGCAGCUGAACUGUGGUACCGCUGUGUCUGCUCUCGGUGGGGCUCACUUUGGACCAGGAUCCGGACUCGUUAUAUACUUGGGCAUUGAGUGCAAAGGGACCGAACGUAUGGUGUUGGAGUGUCCAAUAAGCAGAAUUGAUAACAACGGCACCUCACACGACAAUGAUAUUGGUGUCAUCUGUUCAGACCACAUCAUUCCGAGGUUGGUCCCUGGAAAUUCCCAAUGCUUCGGCAGACUGGAGGUCCUGUUUGGUGACACCUGGAAAACAGUGUGUGGUCUUGACUGGGAUUUGAAAAACGCUAAUGUGGUCUGUGCGCAGCUUCAUUGUGGAGUGGCAGUGUCUGUUUCAAGCUCUGCUCAUUCUGGCGGCAGUACUGUGCUCAUGGGGACUGAGGUGUUUAAAUGUACGGGCAAUGAGACUCAGCUGGGGAAGUGCCCUUGGUCUUCAACCACGCACCAGGAUUGCAUUGGACACAACAGUGUCACCCUGAUAUGUUCAGGAAACCAUGGACUCCGGUUGGUUGGUGGGGAGCACCGGUGCUCUGGGCGAGUGGAGGUCCUGCACGGGGAGCAGUGGGGAACGCUGUGUGGUGAUUACUUUGACGCACAAACCGCCAGCGUGGUCUGUGAGCACCUUCAGUGCGGGACUGCAAAGUCGAUACCCAAAGAUGCUCGAUUUGGGAGGGAAGCCGGGCCAAUGUGGAAACAAAACUAUAAAUGCCGUGGAAACGAGAAACGAUUGGGGGACUGCACAGUUUUGCACGAGGAAAAUUUCAACUGUUCCCAUGGAAAUGUGGCCAAUGUCAUAUGUUCGGCUGUGUCUGAUGAGAAUUUCUGGCCAAGACUAGUGAAUGGGGGAAGCCGCUGUGAUGGCCGAGUUGAGAUUUACUACAACGGUAGCUGGGACACAGUGCAAGACACCCUGUGGGAUCUGAGUGAAGCUGACGUUCUCUGCAGACAGCUCGAAUGUGGACAUGCUUUGGAAACGUAUAACACCUCAAAAUAUGGAGACAGUAGUGAGCGUGGGACCGUACAUAGUGUCCAGUGUCACGGACAGGAAUUGCUUCUCCGGGACUGCAAUAUCUCCAACACAUUGAAUCAGUUUGUCUCCGACAGCACUGAUGUUGGCGUCCUCUGCUCAGAACACAUCCAGUUAAGGCUGUCAGAUGGAUGGACCCGCUGUGCUGGUCGAUUGGAGAUUUACUACGGAGGCAUAUGGGGCUCCGUGUGUGAUGAUGCUUGGGAUGAGAUAGAUGCUCAAGUGGUUUGUAAACAACUAGGUUGUGGAAAGACCCUGGAUAUGACACCGCAUUUUUCCUUUGAACCCGGCUCAGGCCCAAUUUGGUUGAAAGAUGUGAAGUGUUCUGGAAACGAAUCACUUCUUUGGGAAUGCCCGUCAGCACAAUUGGGUCAGCAAGACGACUGUUCUCAUAAAGAGGAUGUGAGAAUUGUAUGCUCAGAACACAAGGAGGUACGGUUGGCGAAUGGAAAGCAUCGCUGCCAGGGGAGAAUAGAAGUGUUCGACAAUGGGACCUGGGGAACGGUAUGCUUGGAAAAUCCAGAUGGACGGAGUGCUGAACGAAUUUGUGAAGAUUUCGACUGUGGUGACCUUUUGUCCAUUGAUUUUGACGCUCAGUCAUUCGGAAAAGGGACGGGACCUGUUUGGCUCGGUGGGUUGGAGUGUCUGUCGCACAGGUCGGCUGUGCGGCAAUGUCAGGCAGAUCCCUGGGGCCGUUGCAGCUCUGGACAGUUGGAAAAUGCAGGUGUCUUUUGUUCAGAGAGAAAUGUGACAAAGGAGCAGAGCCUCAAUUCAAAUUCCUGCGAUCAACGAUCAGAGCCACAACACAGCGUGCGCCUGGAUGGAGGACGCAGCAACUGUUCUGGGAGAGUGGAGAUCAUGUGCGAUAAACGUUGGGGCACGGUGUGUGGUGAUUCCUGGGAUAUAACUGACGCCAAUGUUGUCUGCAGACAGAUGGGAUGUGGGUUUGCUGUAUCGGCCGGAGGAGGGGCCCCGGUCUCCCUGAGUGAAGGUGUGAUCUGGCAGAAUGAUGUGAAGUGUAAGGGAAGUGAAUCCUUUCUCUCCGACUGUCUCUCCCCAGCCCCAGCUCAAAUGGAGUGUAAUCACAAGGAAAUUGCCAGUGUGAUUUGCUCUGAAUUCGAGUUGUUGCUGACUUCCCCUUCACCUCCACCUGCGGGACAGGAAAGUAAACCUAUUUCUACACCUGUUGUCGUCGGCCUAACCUUGGGAACCCUGUUAAUCUGUGAGUUGUUCGCACUACUGGUGGUAAUGCAGAGAAAGUUAGAAAUGAAAGAACCUCACACUGGCGACAGAGACCCCAAUCUUGGUUUGUACCAAGGAAUUUAUGAAGAAAUUGAAGAUAUUCCCCCUGCACAGAAGACGGAUCCGAAACAUGGAUCAGGAAUUUCCAUUGACUCAGUCAAUCACAUUGAAUACUGCACCAGCCACAACGUCAGUGACAAUAGUCUGGAAGCAGAAAAUCCUGGGGUGAACUUCAACAGUAUUCCAGGUCCACUUCGUGCUGAUUACGACGAUAUUGAGACUGAAGAUGUUGAAUCUCAGGAUGGCCAGUUACAAUUGGACAGUGAUCCUGAUGAAGCCCUCUCACUGACAAAUAACGACAAUGGCCAUUGCGUACUUGGUGAACGUUAGUCUGUUUCAACAUGGGACGUCCUGAGGCUGAUAAUCCUUGAGAAGUCGUCUACAAUCGUUUCCCGAAUGCUGUUUUUUCUUUGCUUCCCUUCAGUAUAAGGUUAACUUCAUUGUAAUUCAUCAACAUUUGACCUUUAUUGACCUGACUAUAUUCAUAUUCGCUGUUUCUUGAUUUGAUCGCGUACAUUGUUAUGAGUUAAAAGGGGAAAUUAUUAGAUUGCACACAUAACAUUUCAAUCUUUGGAUUAAUGUUACGAUUCAUGCCUCUGUAUUGUAUAAUAGACUCGUAACUGGGGACGAUAUACCCAUGGUUUAUCUCUGAAGUAUUUUAAGGCAUUCCAUGUGUAUUUGCUUCAGUUUUUUCAUACCUGAUGCAGGAAUAAAUAAAAUGUGUGAAAUCAAAAUAUUAUCCGAGCUGCUCUUUCACUGUUUAAUGGAUGAAUAUGCUUUGCCAUAUACUUGAUUAACUGGUAAUCUUUCUGGUCGUGAGAAUGUCCAAUGUAAAUUGAAUUUCAUCAAUAAAA